CUCCUUAAUUCUUCUUCUUCUCUCCUUUUUAUAUCUAUCUCUCCAUUCUUAUCCAUUAUCAUUUUCAUCAUCAUCAUCUUUUAAUUUGUUAUACCAUUAUAUUUUCAUCUGCAUUAGACAUUAACAGCCAUGCAGGAGAGUAUCAAGCUCGGAUACCAUUUCUUAGUCUCAAAUAGCUUGUAUUUCAUCUUGUUAUCGAUAAUCUCCGCGAUCAUCCUACACUAUGAUCUCAAUUCAAUUAUGGUCUAUUAUGACAACAUUCGAUAUUAUCACAACAACCCUGCAUGGAUCAUUAUAGCAUUUGCUAUGGUAUCAUUUGUUGCUACACUUUAUUAUUUCACCCGGCCUCGCCCGGUGUACCUUCUUGAUUUCUCCUGCUACAAGCCGGAGAAUGAAAGGAAGUGCACACGAGAGUUGUUCAUCGAAAGGUCGGGUCUUGCCGGAGUGUUCAACGAUGAGAACCUGGCCUUCCAGAGGAAGAUUUUGGAACGGUCUGGGCUCGGACAAGAUACGUACUUCCCGGAGGCUGUCCUUAGGGUUCCACCAAACCCUAACAUGGCAGAAGCCAGGAAAGAGGCUGAGAUGGUUAUGUUUGGAGCUGUUGAUGAGUUGUUAAAGAAAACAAGAGUGAAGGCUAAAGAUAUUGGGGUGCUUGUUGUGAAUUGUAGCUUGUUCAAUCCUACACCUUCUCUUUCUGCCAUGAUUGUUAACCAUUACAAGCUUAGAGGGAAUAUUAUUAGUUAUAAUCUUGGAGGGAUGGGUUGCAGUGCUGGGCUUAUUUCCAUUGAUCUUGCCAAACAGUUGCUUCAGGUACAUAGAAACACAUAUGCUCUAGUAGUGAGCAUGGAGAACAUCACCUUGAACUGGUACUUAGGCAACGACCGUUCUAUGCUUAUCUCCAACUGUCUCUUCCGCAUGGGCGGCGCUGCCAUCCUCCUCUCCAACAAGCCCUCUGAUCGCCGGCGUUCCAAGUACCAACUUACUCACUUAGUCCGCACUCACAAAGGCUCUGAUGACAACUCCUACCGUUGUGUCUUCCAAAAAGAAGACUCCUCCUGCAGGGUAGGUGUCUCCCUCUCCAAAGAUCUCAUGUCCAUCGCCGGAGAUGCUCUUAAAACAAACAUCACCACUCUUGGCCCUCUUGUCCUCCCUCUUUCUGAACAACUCCUUUUCUUUUUCACCCUUGUUGGUAGGAAAGUUUUCAAAAUGAAUAUUAAACCAUAUAUCCCUGAUUUCAAGUUGGCUUUUGAGCAUUUCUGUAUUCAUGCUGGUGGCCGGGCUGUUCUUGAAGAGCUUGAGAAGAACUUGGAAUUGAGUGAAUGGCAUAUGGAACCUUCAAGGAUGACUUUGUUUAGAUUUGGGAACACUUCUAGUAGUUCACUUUGGUAUGAACUUGCUUAUACUGAAGGUAAAGGUAGGAUUAAUAAAGGUGAUAGAGUUUGGCAGAUUGCUUUUGGAUCAGGGUUUAAGUGUAACAGUGCUGUUUGGAAAGCUCUUAAGAAGAUUGAUCCUUUGAAGGAGAAGAACCCUUGGAUGGAUGAGAUUGAUCAGUUUCCUGUUCAUGUUCCCAAGGUGGAGAAGAUCAAGGAUUAAUUAUUCAGUGUUAAUUUUCUGAUCAUAUUUUGAAAAUUCAUUUUGCUUUAAUUAUCAUGAUCUACUGCAUAUUAUUUUGGAUGUAAUAAACAUUUCCAAGUGUUUGAAUAUAUAUAUAUAUAUAUGUGGACCAAAAAAAAAAAUAU